CACUCCACACUCCACACAGCCACGCUUCGUCUUCCACGGACUAUAGUUCCAUAGCCACAGCUCACAGACGACGCUACCGCGACGAAGGUCAUCUGCGCCUCACGCCCUCCGGCCUCCAACCUCGGCGAGUCGGCGACACUCCGGUGACUCGGUCAGGCAGUCCGCGACUCCACGGUCACUCCCUCACACCUCAGUCUUCACAUCCUCAGCGACUCUGCUUCACUCUCGCUAUAACUCGAACUCUCAAUGCAUGGAAGCCGCACACUGCUAUCUUGACGGCAAUGCGGAUGCAGUAGAAUUCUGUCCACACGAGUCUUUCCACCAUGUCUUGGCGGCCUCCACGUACACGCUGCAGGAGGGAGAUAAUCCGAGUCGUUCCGGUAGCAUAUCCCUCUUUGAUGUCAACGCUGAAGAGGGUCGUCUCGAGUUAUUGCACAGAGUGGAAACACCGGGUAUUUUCGAUAUAAAGUGGAGCCCUGUAGGCCCUUUGCUUGCUCAAGCUGAUGCUGAAGGUUAUGUGCGAAUUCACAGGCUUGAAAGUUCUUCUGACGAAUCAGAGGUCCAAGGGAAUCAUCUGCAAGAGAUCUCUCAUGAUCAUAUCAGUUCCUCUAUGUGCUUGUGCUUAGACUGGAACCCUUCGGCUUCAUCCAUCGCAGUGGGCCUAUCAGAUGGUUCAGUCUCGAUACUUUCACUACACGAGUCUCAACUAAGAACCCAAGAAUGGAAAGCACACGACUUUGAAGUUUGGGCCGCCACCUUUGACAUUCAUCAACCACAACUUGUGUACACCGGCUCAGAUGACUGCAAAUUCAGUUGCUGGGAUUCGCGAGAUGAUCCGUCUAAGUUGGUGUUCCAGAAUACGAAAGUGCACACGAUGGGCGUCUGUUGCAUCACGAAAAACCCAAGCGAUCCUAAUACCUUACUCACGGGUAGCUACGAUGAACAUCUAAGGAUAUGGGAUGUGAGAUCAAUAUCGAGACCUGUAAACGAGAGAUCAAUAUCCUUACACGGUGGAGUUUGGAGAAUCAAGUAUCAUCCCGUUGUACCUCGCAUAGUCUUGACAGCUUGUAUGCACAACGGUUUUGCAGUUGUUAAUGUAAAAGGGGAUGAACCCGAAGUAAUUGAAACAUACAAGAAACACACAUCGCUUGCAUACGGAGCAGACUGGCAAAGAGGGGAAGGAAAAGGGAAGAAUACGGCUAUAGCUACAUGCUCGUUCUAUGACCGGCUCCUUCACAUAUGGAAGCCAGAAGGUAACAUUAUUUAACUGCCCAUAAUUGACUUCUCAAACUCAGAUUUGUUGAAUAUGGGCACUGCAUUUCAGCAUAUACUCACAUCAAGAAUUCAAGAUU